CCCUUGUCGCCGUCGUCCCCGCUAGCAGCAAGAUCGUGCCGAGAUCUUGCUCUGUUGCUUUGGUGGUUUGCCGUGCUCUGUUUUCGUUGUCGUACGAACUCAGCCUACCUACUUAUUCUUUCUCUUAUCCUAAUACUUCAUUCUGUAUUACUCCCGUUCUCAGUUCUUCAUCCCUUUGCUUCCGGUUUUUGAUCAGUAUACUUUACAGGGAGAGGAGAAGAGAAGAGAAGCGAAGAGGAAGUGACAGGAAGAGAGAGAGAGGGGAUAGAAGAAAAGUCGGCAGAGCUCUCAGCGCAACCAUGAGGCCGCCAACGUCGUUGUCAGCAGCUCUGACGCUGCUCCUCGCGACGGAUUACAUUGAAGCCAUCGCUACUCCCGUUUUCCCGAGAGCGAAAUCUGGGGAUGGGUAUUUGGCGAUUCCCGUGGGAACCAUCCCGAGGCCGCGCAAGGUCGGCAAGAGAAGCGCCAUCGAUGCUACGCUACAGAACAUGGACUUUUUCUAUGCCAUUCAAGUCGGCAUGGGAACGCCUCCCCAGAAUGUGACCGUCCUCGUCGACACGGGAUCCAGCGAGCUAUGGGUCAAUCCCGACUGCUCAACCGCACCGUCUCAGCAACAGGCCGACAUGUGCGAGAAUCUGGGCCAGUACAACCCCAGGAGAUCAAGGACACCGCCCGUCGGCCCGUUUGGGCGUGAAGAGAUCAACUAUGGCGACCCUACGGACCAGUCCACGCAGACGUCGGUCGACAUCACCUACUAUGCCGACACGCUGAGCUUUGGCAGCAUCCAGGUCAAGAACCAGACGUUUGGCGUCGUCACGGCCAGCGACGGCCAGGCGCAGGGCAUCAUGGGCCUCGCACCCGACGUCCGGGGCGGCUUCCCAGGGGACGAGCCGUACAGCCUGCUGCUCAACACCAUGGCCGAGCAGGGCGUCAUUGCAAGCCGAGUGUUUGCACUCGAUCUCCGGCAUUCCGACUCGGAGACAGGCGCCAUCAUCUACGGCGGCCUCGAUCGCAGCAAGUUUGUCGGAUCUCUCGAGGCACGUCCGAUUGUGCGCGGCAUCAAGGGCGAAACUCGGCUGGCCGUCAACCUCACGACGCUGGGCCUUACCCUGGGCCGGUCCCAGAGCUUCCGGCUCUCUGCUGCCGACACCAACGUGAUGCUCGACUCCGGCACGACGCUCAGCCGGAUGCACGAGGCUGCUGCCAUUCCCAUCCUCGAGGCCCUGGGCGCGCAAGACGCCGGCGAGGGCUACUUCUACGUGCCGUGCUCGACCCGGAACGCUGGCGGCAGUGUAGAUUUCGGCUUCGGCAACAAGGUUGUCCGCGUCCCCUUUUCCGACUUUAUACUGACGGGCGAAGAUUCGAGCGACUCAGACUAUUGCUUCGUUGGCAUCGUCAUCACCACCGACCAGCAGAUUCUGGGCGACACGGUGCUGCGGGCCGGAUACUUUGUCUUUGACUGGGACAACCGGGAGGUUCACAUUGCCCAGGCCGCGGAUUGCGGCAGCAGUGACAUUGUUGUUGUUGGCAGGGGGUCCGAUGCCGUUCCCAGCGUGCAGGGGAACUGCAAUGAGAACGAAGCGUUUCCCACCGGCUCAGGAAGCCCAACGGUAAGCAUCUCUUUUGUCCAAACUGCAUUCACGGCCAACGACUAA